GGGAAACUUGCAGCAUUUGCCAUCCGUCUCUCUUUGCGGCGGUCGAGGAGGUCUGCCUGGGCCAGGGAGAGAGGAGAGAGGCUUCUAGCGUUCGGCGAGUCAAAAAUCUUUCGCCUGAAACCGAAUCCGAUUUCGAAAACACACGUUUCAGUAUUUCGAGAAAACUAUCAUCCGAAUGGAGGAGGGCGCGAUCCUAUUUUAAGAAGGUUCCUCUGCAUUGCAUUGGCACCGCCGAGGAGGCUGGAGAGACAACCCGCCCGCCUCUUCUCGACCACGAAGGGGAGAAGAAGCCGGAGAGAAGGUGGGAAGGACGUCGGGGCAGAGGAGGGCAUUCCAGCCGUUUCCAGCCCCCACACCUGUCGCGCCCUCCGAAGAGCCUAUGCCCCAGGCAAAAGGCGAGAGCUGCCCCUGCAGGUGCCGAGGUCAUGGUCCAAGCGACUCUGCGGAGGCGAAGGUCCAGUUCCAGGCGAGAGUGGAGAUAGCGCCCUUCUAAGGCUCGCCCUCAACCGCCGGAGCAGCAGCAGGACUGGCGUGCCAAGCGGGUCUGGCACCACAGUAGCUUUGUCAGCUUCGGCCCCUUUCCACCCUUCUGCCCGUUACCCGCUUCCCGAGCGUCCGGUCGGUGCCUACUACACCCCGCACUCACGUACAAAGCCAGGCAGCCAGCCGGGCGAGCGAGCAUCAUGGCGACGCUAAUUCGCAGCAAGAUCUCCAACGUGGCCACCACGGUUUCCAACAAGUCCCAGGCGAAGGUCAGCGGCAUCUUUGCCCGCAUGGGCUUCCAGGCAGCGACCAACGAAGAAGCGGUGGGGUUUGUUCACUGCGAUGACCUGGACUACGAGCACCGGCAGGGGCUGCAGAUGGACAUCCUGAAAUCCGAGGGCAGCGAGGAAGGAGGUGAGCCGCCCUUGGAAGGAGAUACCCACUACCAGAGGGACGGCACGGGACCACUGCCUCCCUCCACUUCCAAGGACGACGGCGUCUGCUCCGAGCUGUCCACUCAAGGGAAGCCCAGGAUCACCGCCUGGGAAGCCGGCUGGAAUGUCACGAAUGCCAUCCAGGGAAUGUUUGUCCUUGGCCUGCCCUAUGCUAUCCUUCAUGGUGGAUACCUAGGACUCUUUUUAAUCAUUUUUGCAGCAGUAGUUUGCUGCUACACUGGGAAAAUCCUCAUUGCCUGUCUCUAUGAAGAGAACGAAGACGGAGAGAUAGUCAGGGUGAGAGACUCCUAUGUGGAUAUUGCAAAUGCUUGCUGCACUCCUAGGUUUCCCAGUCUUGGGGGCAGGAUUGUAAAUGUGGCACAGAUCAUAGAACUGGUCAUGACCUGCAUCCUAUAUGUAGUGGUCAGUGGUAACCUGAUGUACAACAGCUUCCCAAACUUGCCAGUGUCCCAGAAAUCAUGGUCCAUCAUUGCGACAGCAGCGCUCCUGCCUUGUGCUUUCUUGAAGAACCUCAAAGCUGUUUCCAAAUUCAGUUUACUCUGCACCUUGGCUCAUUUUGUGAUAAACGUUUUAGUGAUUGCCUACUGCCUCUCCAGAGCCCGAGACUGGGCAUGGGAUAAAGUCAAGUUUUACAUUGAUGUGAAGAAGUUCCCCAUCUCCAUUGGCAUCAUUGUCUUCAGCUACACCUCUCAGAUCUUUCUGCCUUCCUUGGAAGGGAACAUGCAGAAUCCCAAGGAGUUCCAUUGCAUGAUGAACUGGACUCACAUCUCCGCUUGCAUCCUGAAGGGUCUCUUCGCCUUGGUAGCCUACCUGACUUGGGCUGACGAUACAAAAGAAGUCAUUACAGACAACUUGCCAUCCACCAUUAGAGCUGUCGUUAACCUUUUCUUGGUAGCCAAGGCUUUGCUCUCCUAUCCUUUGCCUUUCUUUGCAGCUGUGGAGGUCCUGGAAAGAUCCCUCUUCCAAGAAGGAACCAGGGCUUGCUUUCCUAAUUGCUAUGGGGGUGACGGGAGGCUGAAAGCCUGGGGACUUACCCUUAGGUGUGCUCUCGUGGUGUUCACCUUGCUGAUGGCCAUUUAUGUCCCACAUUUUGCCCUCCUGAUGGGCCUCACAGGAAGCCUCACAGGGGCAGGCCUCUGUUUCCUCCUUCCCAGCCUUUUCCACCUGAAGCUUUUAUGGAGGAAACUCUUGUGGCACCAUGUCUUCUUUGAUGUGGCCAUUUUUGUAAUAGGGGGUAUAUGCAGUGUGUCAGGCUUCGUCCACUCUUUAGAAGGCCUCAUUGAAGCUUUUGGAACCAAUUCAGAAGACUAAAAGAUGGGUUAGAUUGGUUGCACUGGAGAGAGGAGAACAAAAACAAACAAACAAACAAACAAACCCCACACACAGAACAUUUACAUAGCCAAAAGAUUAUGCAUCCCCAUAAAAGAGAAAUGUUGUUAUUUUAGUGAAGUGACACUCGACAAACAUAAGCGAGUUUCCAGAUCAGAGGCUUACCCAACAGACUUUUUAAAUAAAUGAAGAAACCCUAUAUAUUUUGUAUUAUUUAGAUAUUAUCAGAGAAAAAAAUAUUUGGAAUAGUUCCCUGUCUUCUUCACUUCAUAAUCUACAUACAUUUAAUCUUUAUAAAGAGAGUAAAAAAAAUCCUCUGUUUUGGAAAUAGGGAGUGAUUCCACGGUAAUAUUUUUGCAGGUUUUAUGCAACUCAGUAUUGUUUUAAAAAAUAAUAUAAAUGUCCAUCCAGUUGCUUGGGAUCAUUAUGCUGGAUCACUGGAGUACAUGUACGGCUUGAUGCUAAAUUUGUAUGAGGAGCAAAUUGAGAUGGCUCUGAUGAUCAUCCCUGGGCCUAGCAAACUGUAACGUUUACAGCUGUAUAUUAAAAACAAUCCGUAAGAACUGCUUUAACACUUCCAUAUCAGCUCAUAUCCAGUACCAGCAUGUCCCAUUUUGAGUAAAGAUCUGUAGCUGACCUGCAGCUGAGAUCAGAGACUUAGUGUCAGUUAUUGAGGAUUGAGUUACUUUUAUUCCUAUUCUUAAAAAAAAACACACAAGAAUAAAAUUGUUGGAUUUGACAGCUAUUAUGGAUAAGAAUAAAUCAUAUACAAGAAAACAUUUCUGUGCAACUACCAGGUUUGUGGAGCUGUUUCAAAUGUAUGUGUGAUGUAAUUGUGGUAAAUACAAUGACAAAUGUAUAUCAGAAAAUUUAUCUUUAACAUAGAAUGUGAUUCAUCAAUAUAUCAAACAAUAAAGAGAAACCAUAAGAA